CCACAGUUGAGACGGUUGCCAAAUUACUCUGGAUGCUUUCUUACACAGCAAAUUUCUUCAUAACCUGUGAUGAAGAGCAAAAUGGGGGAAAAAAGAUCUGUGUUUUAAAGUGUACUUUGAUCUCUAAAACACAAGGUCAUGGCAACAAGCCUAUUGUUUUCAAGAUUGCUUCACUUGAUAAAAUAUGGACAAUGGAAUCAGAAUGACGUUGUGGAGCUGUUUACUGCCCUUGUAAAGCAACACAGUGUCACAGCAGUGAAAACUGAUUUCCAUCUAUGGAUGGCAAAAAUACUUUACCAAGUGGAAAUUCACAAGAUCAACAAGUUAGAUUUGUUAUCCAGCAUUGAGCCAAGCCAGUUUAUGGAUAACCUUGAAGUUAAAAUGUAUGACUUCAUUAAAGAAACAAAAGAAAAAAGCCUUGAAAACAUUCUUAAAGAAAUGAAAGCAGAAGGAAACAUUGAUCCAAAAAUUUUAUGUGAAGUCAAAGACAUUGUGUUGUCUGUGUCUUCAUUACCAUCACAUACUGUUUCGAUGAACCUCAAGGAAAAAAGAGAGAGAUUAUUUAAAAUCUGCCAAGCAGUAGAAAUGGCUAAAGGAUGGAAACCACGAAUGACCCAGAUGGUGAGCUGGUGCAUCAUGGUACUUUCUGGUUCUAGACAGUUAAUCCAGGUUGGCACAGGAGAAGGAAAGUCAUGUAUUGUGGCCAUGGUUGCUGGAUAUCAUGCCUUGAUUGGAGAAAGCGUAGACAUUAUCUCCAGUUCCCCUGUGCUAGCAGAGCGAGAUGCUAAGGAGUGGCAUUCAUUUUAUAAAAACCUGGGAAUCACUGUUAAUUGCAAUGCAAAUAAAAAAUGUGCUGAAGACCUGAGAAAGUGUUAUGCAUGUCAAGUGGUCUACGGCACAACUCAGGAAUUUGCAGGAGACUGGUUAAGACACAGAUUCCAAAGAGAAAAUGUCAGGCAUGAAAGAAAGUUUCAAUGUGUCAUAGUAGAUGAGGUGGACUCGCUCAUGUUGGACAAAGGUCUAGAAGUUGUCUAUUUAAAUAGUGAGAUGCCAGCCAUGGAACCUCUAAAUGUAAUCUUGGCUAAGAUUUGGUUUGUUGUCAACAAGGAUGAAAAUCUGGAUAUAGAGAAGACACUUGAUCUCAUUCGUUCCUCGCUAAUGGCAGAGGAUUCAGAUCUACUGCCAUCAAAUGAAUAUUUUGAGAUCUUGGAUACAUCAGUGCAGCAGCACAAUGAACUCCAAAUUCCAGGAUUUAUAGAUCAUAUAAAUGGGAGGCUAAAAACAUGGAUUGAAAAUGCAUUUCUUGCAAAAACAAUGACUUUAGAUCAUGAAUACAUUCUGCAUGAGAAUGGUGUAGUUCCAGUCGAUUACAGCUCUACAGGAGUUGUGCAAAAUGAUAUGAAAUGGGGAGAUGGACUUCAGCAAUUUCUUGAAAUGAAACACCAAACCAGGCUGUCAAAUAUGUGCAUGAUAACAAAUUUUAAGUCCAAUGUAAAGUUAUUCAGGAGUUACAAACGGAUUUAUGGGCUCACAGGAACUUUGGGGAACCAAAACGAACUUAACUUGUUGCAGAAACUAUACCCUGGCAUUAAAACAUGCAAAAUUCCCCCAUUUAAACGCAGGAAACUUUAUGAGAAGGACGGCAUUGUGAUUAACGAUGAAGAUGAGUGGGUAGAAACAAUUUGUAAGGCUGUUAAUAAGAAUGUAAACCCCACUGUCUACCGAGGAUCAAGAGCAGUCUUGGUCAUAUGUGAAACUAUUCAAAGAGCACAAAUUGUCCACCAUGCACUCUCAAAAAUCAUUUCGACAGACAAGUUGAAACUGUACACAAAUAACAACGUGGACAAUUCUGAGAUUACAGGUAAAGAGAUCACUGAAAGUUGUGUCAUUGUCGCAACAAAUCUGGCUGGUCGUGGGACAGACCUCAAAGUCUGCAAUGAAGUAAAUAAUGCAGGGGGUUUGUUUGUAGUUCAGACUUUCCUGCCCCUUAAUAUUCGUGUGGAGCAUCAAGCCUUUGGUCGAACUGCACGAGAAGGAAACCCUGGAUCUGCCCAGCUCAUUAUGUGCUCCACUCACUUCGCUGAAUCAAUCAAACUGGUGAUGGCACUAAAGUCACCUCUCUCCAGGCUACUUACCAUUCUGAGGCGUCUAACAGUCACUGUAGCUGUGUCAGGAUUUGUCAAGAAUAAGUUUGAAGACACCCUAAAAGUUUGUCUAAUAGAACCCAAUGAAAAAAACUGUGAGGUAAUGAAGAAAGAACUUACAAACUUACUAAACAUUGAAAUGCCAAGUGGCUUAACUAACCUGGAAAUUGAAAAACAGGCUAGAGAUUUAAUUGUGGAAACAAGACUGUCAAAGAUACUUGAUGAUGACCUACCAAAAAUUGAGAAAAAGGAGGAGCUGUUCUCUGAAUAUCUUAAUAUCCUGGACACCAUUUACACACAGGGUGGCAACCAUGAAGAUAUUGUUACUUCACUUCAUGAGUGCUGGGGUAUGUGGCUUCUGAUGAAGUUCAAUGAAAAUGAGUCAACAGAAACAUUAAGAAACCAGUUAAAGAAAGCCUUGCAAAGUGCAAAGACAAAGCUAUAUUCUGAUCAGUCCCCUUCCUCUAUGAUCUACCAUUAUGUAAGAGCUGGCAACACACUCCGUCUGAAAGGAUCCCUGGCAGAUAGCAUUGAGAUGUACACAAGAGCCAUUAAAAACAAUCCUUGUGGGUCAGCCAUUGCUUUGUACAAUCGUGCAUUGUCCAUUCUGUCUAAAGGAAGUAGUGGACAUAUUGUUCAGGCAUUGGCUGACCUUAAGAAGGCUGAUGAGGCAGUGGACUCCUACAUGAGAAAGUUGACACGGACUUUAAAUUUUGUGGAAAGCUCCAGCAAAGACACCAACAUGACGUCUGACACCUUGCUUAACAAGCAGUUUAGAGACAAACAGCUGGCACAGGAUUUCCUAAAAAGAUAUAUUCAGAAAGCAAUAAUUGUUUUGCAGACAGCUGAAAGUCGAGGUCAUGAAGUGCAAAUAAAAAAGUGUCCUGCGUUACUGAUCAUUGUUCUUUUAAAUAAAUAUAUAUCUAUCAAUCUGUCCAAAGAGAUAAGCAAUCUCUACUCACUGGGACUAAACACCCUCUUCUUUUUAGAAACUGUCGAAAUCUCUUUUUUUAAACGUUUUUUAAAUAAAUUUAUUUAAGCUGU